AAAGAGGUUGUUAAAAUUGGUAGGCAUGCGCUAAGGACAAUUCAAUGUGCGCGUUGGUGCUUGUACGGAGCAGUGUGCUGGAGGUCAUACCGAAGGAUCAGACCGGUGAAUAAAGCAGGGCUGCGAAUAGUCAGCAUGGCAAAAUUGUUUGAGUCUCUUGGGAAGUUGGGUCUGGCCCUGGCUAUUGGCGGUGGGGUGGUGAACUCAGCACUUUACAAUGUGGAUGCUGGCCAUCAGGCUGUGAUCUUCGACAGAUUUCGGGGGGUGCAGGAGACCGUGGUGGGGGAGGGGACCCACUUUGUCAUUCCUUGGGUGCAAAAACCAAUUAUCUUCGACUGCCGCUCUCGCCCCCGCAACGUCCCUGUGAUCACCGGCAGCAAAGAUCUGCAGAAUGUGAACAUCACGCUGCGCAUCCUCUUCCGGCCAUUGGGCAGCCAGCUGCCACGCAUUUUCACCAGCAUCGGGGAGGACUACGACGAGAGGGUGCUGCCUUCCAUUACCACAGAGGUCCUCAAGUCUGUGGUGGCUAGGUUUGAUGCUGGAGAGCUUAUUACCCAGAGAGAGCUGGUGUCCAGGCAAGUCAGCGAGGACCUGACAGAAAGGGCCUCCACCUUUGGGCUCAUUCUGGAUGAUGUGUCAUUGACCCACUUGACAUUUGGGAAGGAGUUCACAGAAGCUGUGGAAAUGAAACAGGUGGCCCAACAGGAAGCCGAGAGGGCGCGGUUCGUUGUGGAGAAGGCUGAGCAGCAGAAGCAGGCAGCGAUCAUCUCAGCGGAGGGCGACUCCCAAGCAGCUCUGCUCAUCGCUAACUCCCUGGCCACAGCGGGCGACGGCCUGGUGGAGCUGCGCAAGCUGGAGGCGGCCGAAGACAUCGCCUUCCAGCUCUCCCGUUCCCGCAACAUCACCUACCUGCCCUCGGGCCAGGGCACGCUGCUUCAGCUGCCCCAGUAGACCCACCCCCUUCACGUUCUUGCCCCCCAACCCUCAUUGGUUGAGACUGUCACCCACUUGCGAGUGGUCUAGAUUGUGAAGUGUAUGCCCAGCUCUCAUCUAACUGGGGUCCAGUGGAAGCGAAGCCUUGAAGAAGCUUGGAACUUUGGGGGAGUGUGUGUAUAUGUGUGUGUUUGCCAGAGUCUGCGGGCAGUGGAUCCUACAGCAAUUGACCAUUUAUCCCAAUCAGAAUGCUAUAGUAUGUGCCCUGCUGUAGUAACUCUGAUUCUCAGGCUCUGUCCACUUCAUGUGUGAAUGCAGCUGUGGGUGUGUCCUCCUCUGUGACUGAGAGCUGGGGGGCAAAUGUGUCACUGGGGGGAUUUGAAGGUGUCUAAAGUUCAGCAACCCGUUCAGUCCUGGAAACCUGUGGAAGGAACGGGAUACAAAUGGAAGUUUUUUUUUUUUUUUUUUUUUUUUAUUAAAUUAAUAACCACCCUUUAUUAUAAGCUCUAAUGUAAGAGUCAGUGGGUUUGGUCUAUCCCUGAAGUACAGUGAGAUGAUUUCCCAGUCUGGCUUUCCAGGAGAGAUGUCCCCCAGUGCCAUUUUGUCUAGAAACAAAGUUUUCAUUCCACUGUAUGUCUCAGCUGAACUAUUAAAGUAUACAAUUUCUA